AUGUCGACCAACGAGAAGAUACGCUGUACCUACCAGCCAUGCGGUCAAUACUUUGAAUCCAUCGAUGCGAUGCGCAGCCACAAGUCUAGUGCUGAUAACCACCACUACUGCGCCAAAUGUGACAUGGAUUUUAUGAAUCAUGCUUUGCUUCACCUGCACAAGAUUAUGAGCCAGCGUCACUUUGCCUGCCUUGAAUGUGAGCUCGAAUUGCGAAGCCCAGGUGGUCUUCGGCACCACGUGAAGAUGUCGCACCCCCACGGCAGAGAAGUUUGCUGCAUUGGCUGUGGUAUCAAGUACAAGUCCGCCGCCGCCGUGAUAAAGCACAUCGAAGAGAACGAGUGCCCUAUCCUCGACUUGCCUGCUAGGGUUGCCCGGGAAGACGGUCUCAUUGCUGGAGAGGGGUUCAUGCAGUCGGGUGUGGCUUCCCUUGCCGAAAUCCUUGCCGAAGAUGUCAGUGAGGAUGAAUCAGACGGCGGUGUUCCCUUGAACAUGGGCAAAGACAACACCUCACUUGCCCCGGCUCAAGGUGUCAAACCUUCUACCACGGAAAAAGCUGACUUAGGCGUCGCUGGGCCUUCUCGUGCGAGGUCAAACAGCACAUCGACCCAAUCCACUGGCGGUGUCCCUCUUAACCCAACUGGUCCACUUCUGACUGAGGGUGUUCCAAUGCCACUGCAAUUCGAAAAAAGCUCUCAGUCCACACACCUGGUGCAAAGAAGCUCUUCCGCCGAGGAUUUGAAGCGAUUCUUCCGUGCUGAGCUUGCUCAAUACCUGCCUCGCGCCCACGGAACCAACACAACCAUUGAUCCUGAAGACUUCUGGGAUGAAGAGCAUGGUCAGUACAUUUGCAGCUGCAAUGCGACUUUCUCGCACUUGUCCACCUUCACGCAACACCUUACAGAAAAAGAUGACGCCAUCCUCGAAUGUCCCCGAUGUGGCAAAAGGUUCAAGACCCACGCCGCCCUAGUCGCCCACGUUGAAGCUCCAUUCUCGAAAUGUGCCGUCCGCGUAAGCCCAGCCCAGGUGGAAGACGAGCUCGGUGCUAUUACUCGCGGGUUUGCCGAGCUCAAGGGCCCUGAUCGCUUGGCGAUAGAUGACUUUGAGGACAUCAUGGCAAGCAGCCAGCCUUCGCACCCUGGCUCUGUUGGAUCUUCUUGCGGUGACACCCCGGAGGUUGAGCCAGGUUCGACCCACCAAGAAGGCUCUGCUGAGGAGAAUGCGCCGGACAAAAGCUUCAUCAACGACGAUGUCCCGGAGGACGCGCUUUACCAUGUUCCUGAGGGCCCAACUGAGUCCUUGUGUGAUGAAAUGAAGGUGAAAAUGCUUCGUGAGGCGGUUAUCGCAAAAAUAGAGGCCGGCACGGCAAAGUGGCAGGAGAGCAGAAGCAUGGCACCGGGACUGGCAGGCGAUGAGUGA